UUUUCAAAUUAGUAUUAAAUAGUAUGCGAUUUAAUGGAUUAGUUCUGCCAUCCAUUUCACCUAUUCGUAAAAAAAAUUGUUAAAACUCACCAAGAUGUUGUCAAUGAAGUUUGUGGUGUUUUUUGUCUGGUUAUGCAUAGUCAAUGCUAAGGUGAGGCUUGGCCUCCAAAAUUUAACUGGACGAGCCGAUGAUUACCGCAUCAAAAUAUUUUCAGGGGUCCAUAUUAUAGACUCGUACAAUUACCCUGUGGAGAAGCACACUGUCGUAACUAGAGAUGGUUAUAUCCUCGAUAUCUUUAGGAUUCCCUACUCAGAGAAAUGUAAGAAGAGGGGAAUGAAGCCGGUCGUCUUCCUUCAGCACGGCUUGACAUGCUCGGCGGAUACUUUUUUGAUGACGGGACCAAAGUCUGGACUUCCGUUCAUGUUGGUCGACGCCUGCUACGACGUUUGGCUGAGCAACAGCCGGGGAAUUCGCUACUCCCGCCGCCACACCAAGAUGAAGUCCUUCGGGGAAGCCUACUGGGGCUUCAGCUGGCAUGAAAUCGGAAUGGAGGACCUGCCCGCCCAGUUCGACUACAUCCUGUCCACCACGCAGCAGAAGGCGCUGCAUUUCGUGGGUCAUUCUCAGGGAUGCACCACCCUAAUGGUCCUGCUCAGUAUGAGACCGGAGUACAACGAGAAGAUGAAGACCAUUUCCCUGCUCGCCCCCGCUGUCUUUAUGCACAACUCGAGAUCCGGACUAGUCAAUAAACUGGAGUCGAUCAUUAUGAAGAUGAAGGACUGCGACUUUUUCGGGCACACCGACGCUAUGAGAUUUGUGAUAACGGUUCUUUGCGGAUUCGCCAGUAUGAAGAGAUAUUGCACCUCCUUGUACUUGAUGGCCAACGCACAACCGACCAAGUUCAUGAACUUGAGCAUCAUUCCUCUGGUAUUAGCAACGCAUCCGGCUGCCAUUUCCUCGCGCCAGCCCAAACACUUUCUCCAGGGGGGCAAGAGGGCUGGCAAAUUCCAGCAAUAUGACUUUGGAGUCAGGAAGAACCGAAAGAUCUACAAACAGUCCUCGCCACCGGAAUAUCCGUUGAAAAACGUCCGUCCGAAGUCGCCCAUCCACAUAUUUUAUAGUGCUGGAGACUCCAUGACAGUGGCGGAGGAUGUUCUAAAUCUGAUCAGCACGUUGGGCAAAGUAGUUGCACAUCGCAUUCCCUAUUUGGAAUGGGGCCACAUGGAUUUUAUCUUCGCCAAAACCGUAGCUGAGGUUAUUAAUCGGCCAAUUAUGGAAGUCAUCGGUCAAUUCGAGAAUUAUAAGAAUGGGAAAUAAACAGUUCAAAAGGGGAAAUAUUUUUGUCUUUGAGACCAACCUGGCUUAAAUAGCUUUACGAUUUGUUUUUAAAUAUAUAUAUAUAUAUAUAUUAUUUACAUUCUAAGAUCCGAUUUGUAUUAACAUAAAAGCACCCAGGUGAAACCUGGGUAUAUUAUAUACAUUCUAAAAGCCGAUUUGUAUUAAUAUAAAAGCACCCAGGUGAAACCCGUUUAGUUGCGCCUUUGCACAACGGAACUUGGAAUUAUAAUUUUAAAAUGUUCUUAAAAUUAGUUCCGCCUUUCCUUUAAGUCCAUUAAGAAUGCAAGUUAUUGGCUCCUAGAUGUUGAGGGUAUUGUUCGUAAUCUUGUUUUUUUGGCUAAGUAGUGCCGAGGAAAUGUCAAAGGUGGAGACGGGGAUUAGACUUGACGACUUCUCGGAGAGAACCAUCGAUUUCCGCUCCAAAAGAGUGCCUGCGGUGAGUAUGACGAAGUUGGCCAAAUGAAAUCACGUCAGUUAGUCCAGACUUCAGGUCGAGCUCAUAUCCCGACACAACUAUUCGGUGGAGACGUACAAUGUCACUACCUGGGAUGGCUACAUCCUGACAAACU